AUGUGUUUCACCGAGCUGCCGUAUGCGGCUGAAGCUAGGACAUUUGUUACAAGGGCCGUGCUCACUCUCGAACUACUAGAGGACAGUCGUGCACAGCAAAGGAAGAUCUCGUUGCGAUUAAUGCCACUAGGAGGCUCUGUGACUUACGGGCAAGGCUCUACAGAUGGAAACGGCUAUCGAAAUUACCUGCGCCAGCUGCUCGUCUUGAAUGGAUGCGAAGUCGAUAUGGUUGGAUCCCGCAAGGCAGGGUCUAUGGAAGAUAACGACAACGAGGGAUGGCGAGGUUAUCGCAUCGAUCAAAUCUUGGCCAAAGCCGAGAAAUCCGCAUCCGCGCAUAUGCCGAAUAUCUUUACUGUCAACGCUGGUUCGAAUGACUGCAUUCAAGAUUUCGAAAUCCAUGGAGCCGGCGGACGAAUCCACCACAUGCUCGAGUCUUUGUGGAAGAGAUGUCCUGCCGCGACAAUCAUCCUCUCCACGUUACUCAUGACUGCACAAGACAGUGCGGAGCAGCGAGUGCUUCGCGUAAACUCACAAUUGGUGAGCUUGGUAGAAAAGGAGUUGAGCGGACAAAGAAAAAUAGUCCUUGUCGAUAUGCACGGUGCUGAUGGCCCACAGCUUUGUGAUCUGGUGGAUGGAGUACAUCCAAACGAUGAUGGCUAUAAAAAGAUGGCUCAGAUUUGGUAUCAAGGUAUCCAGGAGGCCAUCCACAAGGGGUUCUUGUAA